AUGUACAUCAAUUAACCAAAUCCUAUUUACUUUUUUGUUCCUUAUUAUUUUCCAUACCAAUUCAAUUCUUCCGCUUUAUAAGAAAUACCCAAGACUGAACUCUAUUAGGAGAGUGAAAAAGAUCAAACUAUACCUUCUAAAGAUGAAUAUCAUACUAACGCUAGUGGAAUUGUUAGAGGAAAAGGAUAAUUAUGGACUUAAAAAGAAAUAAAUAAUCUAAUUUCUUAUUAUAAAAAGUACAAAGGAAAUUGGAAACAAAUCAUCAUACAUCUCAAAGGUAGAAAUAUCUCAUAAUGUUCUCAAAAAUACAGAAAAUUAUAAGAUCAAGAAAAAAGAACAAAAAAGAAAUGGACUUCAAGUGAAGAUCAAAUCUUAAUAGAAGCUUAUAAAGAAUUUGGAAAAUAAUGGAUAAAAAUAAGUGAAAGUACAUAUAUUAGUAAUUUUUUAGGAUUACCUGGUCGAACUUCAAAAUAAGUGCGUGAUAGAUAUGUGAAUUAAAUAGACCCAUCAAUUACACAUGAUGAAUGGUAAUAAGAGGAAGAUAAAAUCAUUUUAGAAGAAUAUAAUAAAGGAGGAGCUAGAUGGGCUGUAAUUGCUAAAUUGCUUAAAAAUAGAUCGGUAAUAUAAAAAUUCUAUUUUUAGGAAAAUUAAGUUAAGAAUCGUUUUUAUUACACACUUCUAAAAAAAUACUAGGGUGAACAACACCCAUACUUAAAAGUUUAAUAAUGA